AUGGGUGUUUUUUUCUGCUUGUCUAUCACAUGGCAUGCAGUGCCUGAGGAGGCCAGGAGAGGGCAUUGAAUCCUCUGGAACUAGAGUUACAGAUGAUUGUGAGCCACCAUGUGGGUGCUGGGAACUGAACCCAGGUCUUCUGCAAGAGCAGCCAGUACCCUGAACCCCUGAGCCAUCUCUCCAGUCCCAGGGCCAAAAGUGUUUGGACUGUAAGUCCUUUGAUAGGGAGUCGGACAAUAAGAUUAGUGGAAUCUCUGAGUCUCCUUCCCCUCUCCCUCACAGCAGAACUUCCCAGCAGGACACAGACCUCUGGCAGACCACAGACUCUCCAGCAAACCCAUGAAGGAAGAGCCCUUCUCUUAGGGUAUUUGCAUUUUAAGUCCUGAAUGAUGGAGAGAGUGAAGAGGGAGGCGUCUGUGAAGGCUGGGGACCUGUCCCACCUGCAUCAACUCUCUAAACGUAUGCCUGUGGUGACUGCGCAUCUAGCAUCUUCCCUUCAUUGGUUCAUGUUCACAGUGUCAGGAUGAGCAUAAUAAACCACGUGCUCAAAUGCUGGAGGGAGCUCUCCCUCCAUGGACACAUGCAUUAAUUGUGAGACCUUGGACCGGGGCUCUGCCCAUCAGGCUUGGUUACCUGCCUCACCAGGGCAAUGUGACAGGAAUAUGAGGGGGAGCGAAAUGAAAUGGGAGAACGGCAUGGACACGGGAAAGCGAGAUUGCCCAACGGAGACACAUACGAAGGACACUAUGAAUUUGGAAAAAGAAAUGGCCAGGGGGUCUACAAAUUUAAGAAUGGUGCUCGAUACAUCGGAGAAUAUAUUAAAAAUAAAAAACACGGUCAAGGCACCUUUAUCUAUCCAGAUGGAUCCAGAUAUGAAGGGGAGUGGGCAGAUGACCAGAGGCAUGGCCACGGCGUGUACUACUACGUCAAUAACGACACCUACACGGGGGAGUGGUUCGCUCAUCAAAGGCAUGGGCAAGGCACCUACUUCUAUGCAGAGACAGGCAGUAAGUACGUCGGCAGCUGGGUGAACGGGCAACAGGAGGGUGCUGCCGAGCUCAUCCACCUGAACCACAGGUACCAGGGCAAGUUCCUGAACAAGAACCCUGUUGGUCCUGGGAAGUACGUCUUUGACAUUGGAUGUGAACAGCAUGGUGAAUAUCGCCUAACAGACGUGGAAAGAGGAGAAGAAGAGGAGGAGGAAGAGACAUUAGUGAAUAUUGUUCCAAAAUGGAAAGCUCUGAAAAUCACAGAAUUGGCCCUGUGGACGCCAACCCUCUCCGAGGAGCAGCCUCCUGCUGAGGGGCCAGGCCAGGAGGAAGCACCCGGAGCUGCUGGUAUGGGUGACACCUCAGAAGAAGCCCAGGCUCUGGCAGAAGGUUUUGAGGGUGAGAUGGAGAGGACCGGUGAGGACGACAUCGACGCCCUCAGGCAGGAGAGCCGAGAGAACAGUUACGACAUGGACCAGGGAAACACGAACUUUGAUGAAGAGCAGUUAGACCUCCAGGAGUAAGAUGGAGGAAGUGGAAGAACACAGACACACCAGCCGUGCCUUAGUUUAUUCCAGGCAGCUGGGGCUAGUACCAACCAGCUGUCAAUCUUUCUCUCUCAGUUGUUGUUUUGCAGUUGGAAAUAAAUCUCCCAGUGUUCA